UAUUCCGUUUCCGAAUAGCAGAAGACGUCGUUUCGCGGGAACCAAUCACAAGUGUGAUUCGUCUCUGGGUUUUUGGUAUUACUUCUGACGUGCGCAACUACUUUGGGUGGUGGAGGUUCGUGUUUUUAUUGUAAAAUUUACAAAGAGAAUGGCAGCGCAGUGGAUACGAAAUGCAGUCCCGAAAAUUGGCUGCGUGCGUUUUUACAGCAGUAAAGUUCACAAAUGCACACUUAUACCCGGAGAUGGUAUCGGGCCCGAAAUUUCUUCUGCCGUGCAGAAAAUUUUUGACGCUGCCAAGGUGCCGAUAGAAUGGGAAUCUGUUGAUGUGACACCAGUAAAAGGCCCAGAUGGAAAAUUUGGCAUUCCACAAGCUGCUAUUGAUUCAGUUAACAGAAAUAAGAUUGGUUUGAAAGGACCAUUGAUGACACCCAUAGGAAAAGGACAUAGAUCUUUAAACCUUGCAUUAAGAAAGGAAUUUAAUUUAUAUGCUAAUGUCCGACCGUGUCGUUCCUUAGAAGGUUAUAAGACAUUGUAUGAUAAUGUCGAUGUUGUCACUAUCAGAGAAAAUACAGAAGGAGAAUACUCUGGUAUAGAACAUGAAAUUGUAGAAGGAGUUGUACAGUCAAUUAAAUUAAUUACAGAGGAAGCUUCAAGUCGAGUAGCCGAAUUUGCUUUUCAAUAUGCUCAAGAUAAUAAUAGGAAAAAGGUGACUGCUGUACACAAAGCAAAUAUAAUGAGAAUGUCAGACGGUUUGUUCUUAAGAUGUUGUAGGGAAGCUGCGCAAAAGUUUCCUUCCAUUAAAUUUGAAGAAAGAUAUUUGGACACUGUGUGUCUAAACAUGGUUCAAGAUCCCAGUCAAUAUGACGUACUUGUAAUGCCUAAUUUAUAUGGCGAUAUUUUAUCUGAUAUGUGUGCUGGACUUGUAGGAGGACUUGGUCUUACACCAAGUGGAAAUAUUGGCUUAAAUGGUGCAUUGUUUGAAUCUGUGCAUGGAACUGCUCCAGAUAUAGCAGGUCAAGAUAAAGCAAAUCCAACAGCAUUAUUACUCUCUGCUGUAAUGAUGCUUAAAUAUAUGGGAUUAAAUGAACAAGCAAGAAUUAUUGAAAAUUCUGCUUAUGAAACUAUUAAAGAAGGUAAACAUUUAACAGGAGAUCUUGGUGGAUCUGCAAAGUGCAGUGAAUACACUAAUGAAAUUUGCAAGAAAGUUUCAGCAUUAGCGAAAUAGAUGAUAUAAAAUUUAUUGGGUAUAAGCUGCCAAAUACUCGUAGAAACAAUACAUGUGAGGUAAAACGUUAUUUUUAAACGUUUCUGUAAUUAUUAUUUUCGAAAUCUUUUUCAAUAUGCUCCUUCAUUAUGUGUCGUUUAGUUGAAUGAAUUGCAAAGAUUUUCAGUGUAAGCAAACAGGAUAUCUUUCUCAUUUACAUUCAUUUAGGUAAUUUUUGUUGAAUACUUGAACUAGUUCAUUGUGAAACUUGAUGUUACUCAAGUUCGUGGAUUUGUUAAUGUGUAAUAGCAUUUAAUACAAUUUUAUCGCGAUGUGGACACGCGUAGUUUAAAAUAUUGACUGAAUACACGUAUAUGUAUGAUUGUCAUACUUCUUUAUCGUAAAAAAAAGAUUCUAAUAGAAUCUGUAAAAAUUAGGUAUGUAAAUUAAUCUAGGAAUGCUGUAUAAUACUUUUAAAUGAAGUUGUUGAUGAUGUGUGCCUCGAGGAAAAGUUUCAAAAACAUUGCGCAGUAUUACACAUAAAUAAAAUAUUAUGAAUUCUA